GGGUUUUUUGAGGGAAAUUAGGGUUGGGGGUGAGAAUGUAUUGAGUGUGCUUGGAUUGUUAAGGGUCCUGACUUUGUUCCGCCUCCCCUUGUAUGCAGAAAUUGAGAUGUCUUCAGAAGAGGCUAUGAGUGUAGUGGGAAGUGAGGUAAUGCCCUUGGAAUAUGGUGGCAUGGAUUCGGAGACCAGUCCGUCUCCAACUAGUUCGAAGAGGACAGUGGAGGAAAGGAGGGAUCAGAGGGUGGUAGAAGAGGUAGAAGGGGUAGAAGAGGUAGAAGGGGUAGAAGAGGAAGAAGAUGAGAUUCCCUCCAACAUUUUGGAGGCGGGGAAUAGGGUAAAUGGGUGUUAUGACCCAGAUUUAGAUAUGGUAUCUGAGGUGAGGGGGUAUGUGAGCGAGUUAGGUAGUAGAGAAAGUCUUAGGGGCCUAGUGGACAAUUGCAACUUCCCUCACCAUGUCCUAAUUAGGCCUGCCGGGGUGAAUGAGAGGGCAUGCUCAGCACCCCGAGACCAUUGGAUGCCCCUAUAUGUCCAUUAUAUGAUAGCAGGUCUUAGGUUUCUCAUUCCAGAAUUACUGGUUGGGCUAUUGUUAGAUUACAGCAUAGGAAUAACCCAAUUAACCCUAAAUGCCAUAAGGGCUGGGGGUAAAGGGGAGAAGGGGUGGUACUACUUCGGCCCUCAGUUGUCCAAUAAAGGGAAUAGGAGUUUAUUCUCUACUGGACCGUCAUCCAUCAAAGGGUGGAAAGAAAAAUUCUUCUUUGUGGAUGAUACCGAGUGGAGUAGGAGGGAUGCCGAAGUGGAACAGUUGUCUGCUUGGAAAGCGAAGAAAACCAAGCAGAACAACUAUAGGUUGAAUGAGGAUGAGGUGGAGAAGUUGGUGAGGGAAGAUGGAGACGUAGUGGAUAUCUUGUUCCUCACCAGUCCGAAGGCAAUAGAGGUUGCGGAGCUCUAUGGGCCAAGCUCCUUGAGCGAAGCUGAGAUGGACGAGUUCGUUAAUGCAGCUGGGGGCCUGCACAUCCCCAAGAAGCCAAGGAAGAACACUUCUGCCCAGGCUGUGGAGGUGCAACCAAGGCCGGAGCCUAUGAUGGGAGGUAGCGAGGAUGUAAGUGAGGAGGUGGCCCCUCUCCAGAGGAAGAAGAGGAGGGUGGCAGAACCAGAGGCUAGGGGGAAUGAGGUGGUGGAGUUCGUGCCCCGGCCUUCUCCUCCAAAAAUCAAUCCUGAAGAUAAGGAGAGGGAGGAGGUCGAGGUGCAACGCCUUGGUGGGGGCAAGGAGCGCAUCCCUCCUCACACGUACCAAAAGAGUUUGUUUGAGGCAACAAACACGACUGGGGCAAAGCACUUCCUCAACUCUACCCUACCUGAGGUGGAUAGGAUGCAGGCGAAGGACGAGGUGGUUAGCCAUGUGGGAGUGAGCUGGACAAACGCUCUAGCACAAGAGUAUGCAGAGAGUGUGAGAGAUCGUGCCAGCUUGCAGAGGCGGUGCGAGCAGCUGCAGAAGGAGAAAGAUGAGCUGCAUAAGGAGAAGGGGGAAUGGGAGAAGGAGAAGAGGGAGAUGCAGAGAAGGCUGGAUGAAGUUCUCCCUUCAGUGACCGAGCUCCGGAACGAGAAUGAUGUCCUGAGCACGAAGCUUGUCCUCGAAGAACGUAAGAGGAAGAUCUGUGAGGAGAAGCUUGAGGCUCAGGACAAAUAUAUUGACAACAUGAGGAAAGGAGCAGUGAAGCUGAAGAAGAACGUGAACCUGCUGGUUCACAACGGGAUGGAGGAGCACAUUGGCAACUUCCUCAACUCCAGCAUCUUCGAGAACAUCCUCAAACUCUACCGACUGCCAACCGCAAUCGUGGCCUUCACCGACUGUAGAAAGAAGAUCACACUGAGGUGGGAGCGUGAUGCAGAGGGGCUCACUAUUUUUCCUCCAUCCUUUGAGGCUGAGUUGGUGGCAGUGGGGGAGGAAAAAAAAGAAGAAGAAGAAGAAGCACAAGGCGCUGGGGUUGAGGAUCAGGCAGCUGUGGCCGAAGUGCAGCCUCUUGAGGUGCAUCCAGUCUCUUCUGACGAAGUGCAGCUAUCGGCCCCUCCUGAAGCAGAAGUGCCACCCCUGCCUGCUGGAAAUGAGCCAUCUCCACCACCUCUUCCUACUGAGGAGCAGCCUCCUCCCUCAGCAGAUUAGCUUAGGAGUUUUCUUGUAAAAAUAUUUUUGUAAUAGAUUGGUUAUGAAUUCAUAAAUUUUUUUUAAGUUAUUUUGAUGUGUGUUUGGUAUUUUUGUUUCAAGUGAAUUACUUUAGAUGAAAUAAAGACACCUUAAUUAA